AUGCCCUCCUCGACGCGAUCUCCUAUCAGCCUUUCCCGUCACCGUCGGCAAACGUCUUCCACAAUCAGCAGCAAUGAAUCUCGAAGUCCUACAAGCUCAUUCGGCUCGUCUACCUACCGAUCCACUACCCUUGAAACAAGCAACAUUAGUGUUGAGCACGAGCAGAUGGAUGAUGAGAGGUGGUGUCGCUUGGCUUUCGCCUUAGGCAUGCCUUACGGUGAAGUCAGGCAUCACAGCCCAGAGUCCGCCAAGCUCGUCCAGCGGGUACGAGCUCAGAAGCAUAUAAGCAGCAAAGGCAUAACGCGUCUCAUUGCACCCUUGCUUCUACAAGUGUCCCGGAAACACGGAAUCAUCAACUUUGGCACCAACAGUGCCUUCCACCAGGACAGCGUUCCUCACGGCUUGCCCGGCUUUGAGAUGGAAGGAUCCUGGAGAACUAAACUCCCGACACCCAAACCUACCUUUACCUUCGGGUACUCGUCCGACGCCUUUACAUCUCACGAGCUUGAGUUACAACGCGGGAUCAUUGCCAACAGCCGAAACGAACCUUGUGACCUUGACAAGCUUUCACAGCCUGUGCCCGAUGUUUUCUGGCCGUUCCUGGUGCUGGAGAGCCACGAAGGAUCUAUGGCCGCCGCAAGGAAUGCCUGCGCUGAUUCUGCGGCGGCUUGCAACAACGCGCCGAUGGUCUUUGCAGCUGCCGUCCAACAGCCGGCGAAACGUUACCAUGACCUGGAUUUCCUUUGGGGCUUAAGCAAGGCGGCCCAGUCAUUCUCCCUUGCUAUCAACGGCAAGACUGCGUGUCUCAAUACACAUAAUUCAGAAGGUUGUCUGCCUCAUGGGAUGGCUACCAUCAGAACGUACCGACUCGAUGAUGAGAGAGAUGUCGAAGCCAUGGCAGCCCGGAUACGGAGCAUACUGAUAUGGGCCGAGAACUGCAGGCUACAAUCUAUACUUGACUUAUUGCAAGGUUUUGACAAGAGAGUUGAGCUGGCAAAGGACUCUGUGAUGGUGACGCAAGAGGUCUAUGUACCUCCGCAACUCGAAAUGCGUAGCCAGCCAUCAAGGAAGAGACGCGGCGUGAUCAGAAAUGUGAUUGUCGAUAGUUUACCGCGCUGGGCACGGGAAUUUUGA